ACAGGAGGGUUAACUUUAAAAUGUCAGUAAAUAGUCAAACAAAAAAUGUCUGUUAUGAUUCAAACACAGCAAGGCGGCUCCUCAAAUUUCACAUUUAAAAACACAAACUUUUAAUAUUCAGUUUACUUUCAUAUCUGAUAAAAAAAAAGCAUAAAAUCAUCACUUUUUUAAGAAGCCGGAUGUCUCACACACACACACACACACACACACACACACACACACACACACACACACACACACACACACACACACACACACACACACACACACACAGGUAGUUGCAGCCCGAUGUCUCUGUUUUCUGUGUUUUAAGCUGCAUAUAAUACUAAGUCUAAUCAAAUAACCUUAAUCAGAGAUUCAAAGAUAUAAAACAAUAUUUAAUCGAUAAAGCAGUUAAAGGUCAAUAAUAGUUUUAUGCAUCAGGAGAAUAUUUAUUAGAUAUAUAGAUUUUAUUGAUUUUAUUGAUUUUAUUGUGAUUUUAAACUGGGAAAGCUGUUUAACUACACUUAGAAGUAGACAGCAGUCUUGUUGCCGUGGCGAUCACAGCAUCACCUGCAUACGUCUGUGUGUCUCCUCGUCGCUCAGAGCUUUAAAACGUCACCUGAUCUUCUUCCCUUAUCAUCAUCAUCAUCAUCAUCAUCAUCAUCAUCAUCAUCAUCAUCACCACCUUCCACCUGCUCCGACACGUCCUGUUAAUCAGCAUCAUGUGUGUGUGUGUGUUGAAAGCUUUUGAGACGUUGGUGCAGCAGCAUCCACAGAGCCCUCGCGCUCGCUACGGGAAGGCUCAGGCGGAGGACGACCUAGCAGAGAAGCAGCGCAGUAACGACUUGCUGCAGAAAGCCAUCAACACCUACAGAGAAGCAGCUGAGCUUCCUGACGUGACCUCUGACCUCCUGAGAGCGACGCUGAAGAAACGAGCUGAGCGGCAACAGUUCCUCGGUCGGAUGCGUGGGUCUCUGGCGACUCUAGAAAAGUUAGUGCAGCUCUUUCCAGAAGACGCCGCUCUGAAGAACGACCUGGGCGUCGCUUACCUGUUGCUAGGCGACAACAAGGGCGCCAAGAGGGUCUACGAGGAGGUUCUGGCGGUUGCCCCUGGCGACGGCUUCGCUAAAGUUCAUUACGGCUUCAUCCUGAAGUCAGAGAACAAGAUAGCAGAGAGUAUACCAUACCUGAAGGAGGGUUUAGAGUCCGGUGAACCCGGGACCGACGACGGCCGCUUUUAUUUCCACCUGGGAGACGCUCUGCAGAGGGUCGGAGACGACAGCGCGUAUUACUGGUAUGAGCUGGGUCACCAACGCGGCCACUUCGCCUCCGUGUGGCAGAGAUCUCUGUACAACGUGAACGGCCUGAAGGCUCAGCCGUGGUGGACGCCCAAAGAGACCGGAUACACUGACCUGGUGAAGAUGCUGGAGAGGAACUGGAAGACCAUCAGGGACGAAGCUCUGGCUGUGAUGGAUCAGAACACCGGACUGUUCGUACCUGAGGAGGAAAACCUCAGAGAGAAGGGAGAGUGGGGCCAAUACACACUCUGGCAACAAGGGAGGAAAGCUGGAAGCGCUUGUCAGACCGUCCCGAAGACCUGCUCACUGCUGGAGAGAUACUCUGAAGCUACAGGCUGCAAGAGAGGACAGAUUAAGUUCUCAGUGAUGCAGCCUGGUACUCAUGUCUGGCCUCACACCGGACCCACUAACUGCAGACUGAGGAUGCAUCUCGGCCUCGUCAUCCCAACACACGGCUGCAAGAUCCGCUGCACCAACCAGACCAGGGAGUGGGAGGAAGGCAGAGUCCUCAUCUUUGACGACUCCUUCGAGCACGAGGUUUGGCAGGACGCCGACUCUUACCGCCUCAUCUUCAUCGUAGACGUCUGGCACCCGGAGUUAACCUCGUACCAACGCCAGACUCUGAGCUCGAUAUAGGUAACAACACGAACCAACACGGACCUGCCGCUUUGAUUCUUCUUCUUCUUCUUCUUCUUCUUCUUCUGUGGAUAAACUGCUACAAACACUUGACGAGCUGAAUGUGAGAAGAGUCACACGACGACGAGUUUGACCAACGGACCGACUGACUGAUGACGUUUAAUUUUCUUUUUUUUUUUUCUUCUUUGUGGAUAAACUACUAAAAAACCGCAUCAGAUUGUCGAAGGAUGAAAGUAUCAAACUGAAGGAUUGAAAGAGUGUAUUUUUUUCUCUGGAUUAUACUACUGACUUGACAACGUUUCACCAAAACUUAUAACAUAAACGGUACUUCCCAUAAUCAGGGAGAACAACACACACAAUUUAUGUUCCAGCUGCUUAAAUGAGCUUAACCUUCCUGUCGUCCUCCCUGUUCCUUCUUUCCUUCCUUCUGUCCUUCCUUCCUCCCUCCCUCCUUCCUUUCCUUCCUCCCUCCUUCCUUCCUUCUUCCUCCCUUCCAUCAUUCCUUCCGUCCAUCCUUCCUCCGUCCUUCCUUCCUUUCCUUCCUCCCUUCCAUCAUUCCUUCCCUUCCUUCUUCCUCCCUUCUAUCAUUCCUUCUUUCCUUCCUUCCUUCCUGCCUUCCAUAAUUCCUUCUUUCCUUCUUCCUUCCUUCCUUCCCUUCCUUCCUUCUUCCUCCCUUCCAUCAUUCCUUCCUCCCUUCCUUCCUUCUUCCUCCCUUCCAUCAUUCCUUCCUUCCUUCUUUCCUCUCUCCUACCUUCCUUCCUUCUUUCCUCCGUCCUUCCUUCCUUCCUUUCCUUCUUUCCUUCCUUCCUUCUUCCCUUCCAUCAUUCUUUCCUCCCUUCCUUCCUUCUUCCUCCCUUCCUCCCUUCCUUCCUGCCUUCCAUAAUUCCUUCUUUCCUUCUUCCUUCCUUCCCUUCCUUCCUUCUUCCUCCCUUCCAUCAUUCCUUCCUCCCUUCCUUCCUUCUUCCUCCCUUCCAUCAUUCCUUCCUUCCUUCCUUCCUCCCUUCCAUCAUCCCUUCCUCCCUUCCUUCCUUCUUCCUCCCUUCCUUCUUCCCUUCCUUCCUCCCUUCCUUCCUUGACUCGAGGACAACAGGAGGGUUACAUUUUAUUUGCAGGUGUGUGUUUGUUUUUUUGUCAAAAGUGAUUCAAAUUAAUUAGAAAAGUUACUGAGAGUAAAAAAAAAAGACGAAACCAGCUUGUGUGUAUUAUCGCCUCACACGGGGCUCCAUUAUGUAGGUCACGAUAUUUUUGGGGAGGCAACCCCUGCAUGUUAUUUAGUUUCUUUGCUGUUUUUGAGUUAAAUUGUGAAAUGAGCCUUUAAACACUAAAUCAUGGAACAGAUAGAAGCAUAUUUCCUGCCUUUGUUACACUUUAAUAAUGUGUCACAUACAGUAUUGAUCAUUGUUUUUUGCUUAUUGACAUUAUUCUGUAAGAUGUUAAAAACCUUUCAUGGACUAAAAAAAAAAAAAAAAAAAAGAAGCCUUAAUUUUAGCUCGACCACUAUGCAUCUUCAUCAGUUUAUCCUGGUGAGUUUUUUUUUUUAGUUCUGUUAACUCACUUUUUCAUUACUUUUUGCACAAUAACAUGGAAGACACAAGAUGUUAUAAAAGAUGAUAUAUAUUUUUAUUAAAAAUAAAAUA